AUGGAAGGCAUCAUCAAGGCAACUAUUGGAAAGGCAAGGGAGAUCAACACGGUGAACUGUGCCCGGACACAGCCAGCCUCUUCGCGAUCUACCAGGAGAUCCAUCAGAACAGCCAGAAAGUCAGAGGAGUUCAUGCACUUCCAGAUCAUGUCAGAGGAUAAUGUCAUCAUCAAAGAAGAGACCCUCGAUCAUACCUACGGAUUAGAGCACGAACAAGGAGGAACCCAAUACAUCCUCCCGCAUUCCGACCUGGGGCCCGUGAAGGGAAAUUCAGUCAAGGCAGAGGAGGUGGAUGAUGGUCGUAAAGAAGUUCUUAUGCGAUUGUUGACUACAACUCAGUCAUCGAACAGUGAGUCCAAAGAGUCUUCUGAUGAGCAAGAAUGUCCAGUAGAACGUCUGCAGCCAGAAAUUGAGACAAACCCUCCCAGGACCGUCAAAGGAGCAGUCGUCUGCAUUAACAUUGAUGGCAAAGAUCAAUCGAGUCACAGUUGUGCUGGCCUCAAGCACACCAAUGAAGUUAGAAGCAAAAGAGCAAAGAAAAAGAAAAAACCUUCCACCAUCCGGGAGGAAAAACCAUUUAAAUGCAGUGUGUGUGAGUGUGCUUUCAAAAGAAAGAACAUUCUGGCCGACCACAUCAAGUCGAGACACUGCGAUGACAAACCCUUCAAGUGUCCCCAAUGUGACAAGACAUUCAAGUUAAAAUUCUCUUUAACAUCUCAUCUUCAGUGCCAUUCGGAUUUGAAACCCUUCAAAUGUGAGCUAUGCAAGUACAAUGUCAAGUGGAAAAGCAGCCUCAAUUAUCACAUGGUAUCCGUCCAUUGCGACGAUAAACCGUUCAAGUGCGAAACCUGUGGGGAAGCGUACAAAUUCAAGCGCCAGCUCACCGUGCACGUGCUCGAUCACUCGGAUCAGCACCCGUUUCGGUGCGACACCUGUGGAAAGAAGUUCAACAAAAGGCAGGAAUUGACCUUUCAUCAAGUGACCCAUUCGGAUCUGAGGCCGUUCCCCUGCAAGGUCUGCGGGAAGGCCUUCAAGAGGGAGUCGCACCUGAAGGGCCAUGCCGUCACCCACACGAACGAGAGACCGUUCAAGUGCAGCUACCCCGGCUGUGCACGCUUGUUCAAGACGUGGCAGGGUCUGAGGAGCCACUUUCGUGAGGAACCAGGUGAAGACGAUGAGCUUGAGAUGAACGCUCCUGGUGUGGCUCAAGUCAAAGAUGAAUGUUAUGAUGAUGGUGGUCGCUGUGAAUCUCCUGGCCGCGAUGAGGCUGGGAAGAAAAAGAAAUUGAAUAAAGGGAAGGGGAAGCUGUCUGCUGUCGAGAAGUCCUUCGCGUGUGGCAUUUGUGGGGGCGUUUUCAGGCAGAGAGGAGGUCUGAGGAAACAUGUCGGGUCGGUGCAUUCUGAAGAAACGCCUUUCAAAUGCGAGAUUUGUGGGGAUGCUUUCAGGAGGGAAAGCGGCCUUGGCAAGCAUGUCAAGUCCUUGCAUUCUGAAGAGAGGCCCCAAAAAUGCGAGAUUUGUGGGCGCGCUUUCAAGUCGAGCGGGGCCUUGGGGAGCCACACCAGCUCGAGGCAUUCCGAAGAAAGGCCCUUCAAAUGCGAGGUCUGUGGGACUGCGUCGAAGACGAGCGGGGGGCUGGCGAGCCACAUGAAAAUGAGGCAUUCGGACGUGAGGCCUUUCCAGUGCGACGUCUGCGGGAGCGCGUUCAAACGGAAGGGGCAUUUGGACCGGCACGUCUACGCGAAGCACACGGAGGCCAGACCCUUUAAAUGCGCGGUGUGCGUGUGCGCCUUCAAGAGCAGGGGGGCCCUGGCCCGGCACGCGGAUCGGUGCCACGAGGAGGAGCGGCCCUUCAGUUGCGGGAUCUGCGGGAGCACCUUCAGGCUCAGGUGGGACCUGGCCGACCACGUGACCUUGAAGCACCUGCAGGACAGGAUCUUCAGGUGCGACGUCUGCGGGUGCGCUUUCAGGAGGAGGUGCAAUCUCGAGAGUCAUGCGAGCGCGUUGCAUCCCCGGGACGAGUCUCAGGGACGCAACGCGCUGACAUGA